AUCCGCGCCGAACUCGUCGUUCUAAACUCCCUCCCUGCAGCUUCGUCACAACUUGCUGCAACAACAUUCAAGUAGUUUACUUUAUUCAUUUAUGCUUCCCUUUCGCUCGCUGCGCCAGUUUGCAACCAUGUCGUCGUUGACCUCCUCCGCGCCGUUUACUCAGGCAGUGGUGAGCUCCAUGCGGAAGCUAUAUCCAGAGUCUCUGGCUGAUAAGAGCUUCGACAACACCGGAUUGUUGCUUGAAGCGCCAUUCAACCCCUCGAGAAGACAGCGCAAUUCCGUUCUCCUGACCAUCGACCUCACCAAGGCGGUUGCAGACGAGGCCAUCAAGCGCAAAGAUUCCGUCGUGGUGGCUUAUCAUCCUAUCAUCUUCCGCGGCCUCAAAUCCCUGACCCUGAACGACCCCCAACAGCAGUCUCUACUCCGGUUAGCACAAGAGGGCAUCAGCGUCUAUUCCCCGCAUACGGCAGUGGACUCUGUUCCCGGUGGAAUGGCCGAUUGGCUUUGCGACGUCGUGACCGGAGCCAUCACUCCUACGUCUUCAUCUUCUUCACCUUCACUUUCUUCUAAGCUGCAAUCAUCGUCCAGCGAGGUAUACACCAAAGCCGCCUUCCCGCAGCCGCCUCGGUCAACCACUCAGUCCUCUCCCACCCCGCACACCAGAAGCACCAUCCACCCCUCCCCGCCCCCGAUCCCCGAGGGAUUCGAGUCCGCCGGUGCUGGCCGUCUCGUCACCUUCUCCACUCCGCAACGUCUCACCUCCAUCAUCGACCGCAUCGCCUCUGGAACAGGCUACCCGGCGGGAAUCCCCAUCGCCGUCCCGCAGAACACCUCCGUCGACGACGCCUACAUCACCACCAUCGGGAUCUGCCCUGGGUCCGGAUCCAGCGUGCUCCUCAAGGCGGGCGUCCCGCUCCCCGAUCUGCUCUUCACGGGAGAGCUAAGCCACCACGAAGCCCUGGCGGCAAUCGAGCGCGGCUCCUUCGUCGUGGCGCUCUCCCAUUCCAACACGGAACGCGGCUACUUGCACUCCGCCAUGCGCGAGAAGUUGCUCACCACCUUAAAGACAGAGUGGGAGGCGGUGCGUUCCCAGGCGUUGGGCGCCCUGACCGACGCUGCGAAACAGGGCGCGCAGGGAGAAGCAAAGAGCGAUGCCUAUGCCGACGUCGAGGUCAUUGUGGAUGUAAGUGAACGGGAUCGGGACCCUUACGGAUUUAUGGUUCUUUCCCUGAAGUAGAAAAUAUACUUUUUAAACUAUAUACCUAGUCAUAAGAGUGCUUAG